AUGUCGGAAACAGCUACAUGUUCCAACUCUUCCCUAUUUUCCACUUUCCUUACAGGAAUCAAGCUAAGUGCCCCCAAUGGGAAAAAUGACGGCAGCGUCAAUAACGUUAGGUACUUUGAAUGCGAACCCCGUUAUGGCCUAUUCACCCGCCGUGAAUUUCUCAGGCCGGUCACAGAGUCUGCCGAGUCCACUCCGAAAAAAGUUGCAAAUGCACAGGCAUCGUCGGGCAUUCCAGGCACCCCCGCAACCAAUCCCUCGUCGGGAGUCCAGCGAGUCGGUGGGGUCUCCUCCGCGGAGACCCCGCUGACCAGGCCAGGGGGCGGCGGCGGCGGUCUGCAGGUGGGCGACCGCGUGCAGGUGUCGGGCAGCCGCGUCGGCACAGUCCGUUUCAUCGGUCCGACCGACUUCGCUGCCGGCGACUGGGUCGGCAUCGAGCUGGACGACCCGCUUGGCAAAAACGAUGGCUCCGUCAUGGGCCGAAGGUACUUUACCUGCAAGCCCAAUCACGGACUCUUCUCAGCACCAUCCAAGAUUACACCCUUCUCUGGCAAAACCCCUACCCGCCCCCUGAGACGAACAGGAAGCCGUGAGUCGCUGCUGUCACUGGGCUCGAACUUCAGCUCCGUUUCUCGACAAAGACCCAAACAAGGCGCUCAGCCACGUCGGACUCCCAUUCAAGGUUCCUUCAGCGGCCCUAGCGUGCACGCCUUAGAGAGCGUUGUUAAAGAAAAGGAGGCGCACAUCGAACAGUUACUGCAGGAAUUUGAAAUGGAACGCAAUGAAUUGGCUAAAGUCACUGCUGAAAGGGAAAUGAUUGAGAUGGAAGCCGUCAAUCAACGCAGUCUGAUCGGUCAGCUGCAUAGCCAAAUUGAGGAGCUUCAAGCAGCUGCCCUUCAACUCUCUGAUGAGAACGCCAGACUCAAAGGCCGGGUUCAUGAAGAAGUCAAGAAGUCGGAAGAGCUUCAAUUCCGUCUUGAAGAGGAGGCCAUCGAGAAGACAUCACUGGAAAAUCAAAAGUCGGAUGUGGAAGAACGGAUUUUCGAGCUGGAAGAGGCUUUAGCGGCUGCCAAGGAGGUCAACGAGCGGAUUGAGGCGCAGCUACGCGAAAACGGGGCCGAUGCGACAACCAGUGAUUUACCGCCUGUCGACUCUCGCCUCGUCGCAGCUGAGGCGCGGGCAGCUGAGCUUGAGGCGACUCUAAAGAAGCUCCAAGAAGAACAGCUUAGUGUAUGUGGCGUCCUGUUGGUCGGCACUAAGGUGGCUUUGAUAACCUACUUCAGUCUAAAAUCGUGGAUGUUAUCUGCUUUCCGUGAGAACAUCGGGGAGCAUCGAUUAAAAAGCAUUUGGGCUAACACUGGUAAACGAGUGAUGUCUAACCGUUGUCAUUACCUGGCCUCGGAGCCGUGCCUAGCGAGACCCCUUAGACAAAUAGUCCUGAUGCAACGCGAUUUUUGUGCUAUGCAGUGUUGUGUAAUUGUGAUUGAUGAUGAUCAAACGGCGGACGCUCAGAAGCAGGUAGGUGCCAAAGACGCGGAAAUCAGAGACCUCCGCGCGCAACUCGCCAGUCUCCAAGACAGCCUUCUCAAGGCUGAGCAAAAACUUGUCGAAAAGACUUCAAUGGAGAGCAGUCGUGGUGAAGAAUUGAAGGUAGUGCAGGCCUCCGAGAAGGAGUUAACCGCAGCCUUCAAUCAGCAGCAGGCUGUGCUCUCAGCCGAAGCAGAGAAGUUGAGGAGUGAGGAGGUGAACGCGCUGGUCUGCAAGCUGGCACAGACCGAAAGUGAACUGGAGGCGAUGCGAACCAAAGUGAAGGAACUGGAGAGCCAAAUUGUUGCCUUUGGGGAGAACCAAACGAAGCCCGUCGAAUCGCCUGCGGGGGAGGAUAAACCGGCGUCGAAUAAGACCCUCGACCCAGACGCCCUGCUAGAUGAACUGCAGAACCACGUGAAUAAGGUGAAGGAAACCGAUGCAAAAGAGUCAGAGGAGUGGAGCAAGCGCCUUCUCGAAGUUGCGGAGGAAGUGAGGAAGCUAAAAGGCGUAGAACGCGAACCCGACGAGGCGACCACACGAGCUCUUCAGCAAAUGAGUAUCCGACUUCUCGAGGCCGAAGCUGAACUCGCGCAAAAGGAGGCAGUUUGCUUGGCAUUUGUUGAAUGGCGUCGGGGUAAUAUGUGCUUCCUUUCUCAUCCUCCGCUUGCCCGCUCCAAUCUUGCCAUCUUUGGUGCUGCGCGCCCGAACGCUCUUGUUGCCUCCUCACACACCCUAUCACCUUCACUCUCCCACGUGCAGUCUGUGUCACUUGCGCAGAUGUCUGCCCUCACAGAGGCCCAUUUGCACCUCAAAGAAAAACAGGAAGAAUCUCCAGCGCAGACGCUCGUCACUGAAGAGCUACGCAAACGUCUGGAGGUUCUCGAAGCCGAGCGAUGCCAACUUUCCACGACCCUCUCAGAACGCCAAAAGGAAGCUGCUUCGGUUAGUAUUCUUCUAAUGGAACUGUCGGCGGGUAUGCACAAGCCAGACAGAAGCACGUACUUAAUGUCACUAAAAAAGCGUGACCCCCAUCUUUUCCAGCUAAGGGACGCCUUAUCCCUAAAAGGCACUGAGGUGGAAGCCUGCAUGGCUAAGAUAGCCCGACUGGAGAAAGAACUAAGCGGCGCUGUGUCCGAACGGGAUAGAAAGCUGAACGAGCUGAAGGCUGCUGUCAGCGCGCAUGAGGCACUGGGCCUCUCAGAUGAGGAACUUCUCGAACGCGUCUCACAACUGAGGAAGCAAAAGAGUCUCAUUGUGGGUCGUGUAGUGCGCUUGAAAUCUGCUUGCGUGGCUUCCACAGUCGCUGCGCCGCAUGAUGCACCUGCUUGUGUCUGUUGCAGUGAGGAACUCGAGCGGCUGUACGCAGCGUCCGAGGCUCGGUUGCAGUCCCUCAGCUCGCACCACCUCCAGGUGGACGAGGAGUAUCAGGCCCUCAAGCAAUCGACCGCGCCAAUGGUCUCAGUGAGUGCCUUCUAUGGCGCUUGA